AUGGAGGCUGCCGUGGCCGCCAGGGACGCCAGUCUCCUGGCCGUGCUGGUGCGGGCGCAACUAGGGGGCGAUGGCGGGGCCGCAGCCGGGCUCCUGAGGGCCGCGGCGGCGGCGGCCGACGAGCCACCGGCCCCGCGGCCCGCGGGCGCGGCCUCCGCCGCGGCCGCCCUCGAGGCGCCGCCCGGCGGGGAGCUGCUCGUGCUGCAGGGGCUGUCCCUGAGUGUGCCGCGGGGGCGCUUCGACGUGGCGCUGGGCACGGCUGAGCGUUGGGUUUCGGCCUGUCGCAAGGGGCAGGGCACGAAGUGCCUGGCCGUGCCGUGGACGGACAUCACCCACCUCGUCAAGCUGGCGAAGCCAACCCCUUACAGCAAGGGUGCUGAGGCGACGGCCUGGAAUCUCGUCCUUCCCUUGAGGGCCCCCCUCGAGGUCGGCAAGCAGUCGAUGAGGUGCGUCGUGCUCAACGCGUCAAGCGCGAGCAGACCCCCCAGCAGUGGCAGCAGCAAGGCGGCGGUGUGCAAGGGUGAGGAGGCCGACACGGAAGCCGGCCACCGCGCGGCGCGCCUCGAGUCUGCGCUCGCUGCUGCAACACCCGACGAGCCCGAGCACAGAUUUCUCACCCGCCUCCUGGCUGCGGCUACUGACCUUGCUGUGCACGAGAGCGAGGAAUGCGUGUGCCCGGUUGAGUUCGUGAAGGCCUACCGAGGCGUCGACGACGGGCAGUUGUACCCCCUGCGCGCAGGGCUGUGUUUCCUCACCAGGCCCGCUCGGACCUUGUUCCUGCCGGCGCAGGACAUCGCCUCCAUCGAGUGCUCCAGCCGGGCGGCCUCGACGGCCGACCUGGCCGUCUCUUGCGGCGGCACCAGCGAGGUCUUCUCGAACAUCGCCAACGAUGACCUCCUCCUCUCCGAGGCCAGACUCUGGAGGCGCGCGGGGACGGCGCUGCGGCGGCCGGCGGUGGGGAGGAGGACGAGGAGGCGGACGAGGACUACGAGCCAGAGGAGGGCCUGA